CUUUCCUUCCACCCUGGGUUGUGGCUUCCAAGGCCACCGUGGCCAUGGGGCUCUGGGAGCCAGCAUGGGGGAGGAAGCCUAGUGGCUCUGAUCUCCCCUGGGGGCACGGGAGAACGAGCCAUGCCACUGCUAAACGAUGCCAUGCCCCUCAUGAAGGAGCCUCGGCCCCCACCUCAGCUGCCGCUUCCCUGGGUCCUCCCGAGCCUGUUUGCCGCCUUCAACGUGGUGCUGCUGGUGGUUUUCAGCGCUCUCUUCUUCGCGUUCCCUUGCAGGUGGCUGGCUCAGAACGGGGAGUGGGUCUUUCCCAUCGUCACAGGCCCUCUCUUUGUCCUUACCUUCUUCAGUCUCGUUUCACUCAACUUCUCAGACCCUGGCAUCUUACAUCAAGGCUCCGCCGAGCAGGGCCCCAUGAUGGUGCAUGUGGUGUGGGUGAACCACAGGGCCUUCCGCCUGCAGUGGUGCCCAAAGUGCUGCUUCCACCGCCCGCCCCGGACCUACCACUGCCCCUGGUGCAACGUCUGUGUGGAGGACUUUGACCACCAUUGCAAGUGGGUUAAUAACUGCAUCGGUCACCGCAACUUCCGCUUCUUCAUGCUGCUCGUCCUGUCCUUAUGCCUCUACUUGAGUGCCCUGCUGGUCACCUGCUUGAUCUUCCUGGUGCGCACGACCCACCUGCCCUUCUCCACCGACAAAGUCAUCGCCGUCACAGUGGCUGUCCCCGCCGCGGGCUUCCUGGUGCCGCUCUUCCUGCUGCUGCUGAUCCAGGCCAUGUCGGUGAGCGCGGCCGAGCGCUCCUGCGAAGGCAAGCGCAGAUACCUUCAUGGAUACAACCCUUUCGACCAGGGCUGUGCCAGCAACUGGUAUUUAACGAUUUGUGCACCACUGGGACCCAAGUACAUGGCUGAAGCUGUCCAGCUGCAGAGAGUCGUGGGGUCCGACUGGGUGCCCAUGCCGAGCCUGCACUCCCCAACAUGCCCCUUUGCUUUCGAGCCUAGCACCCCUUGGGCCCCAGCCCCACCCUCUGGGUCUGUACAAGCCAGGGAAGGGCCCCCCAGGGAGUGGCGAGGCUGCAGCCCUCCAGGAGCUGCCCCUGCUGCAGGAGGUCCCCAGGCGAGGGGAGGCCUUUCUCUCGCCCCUUCGCACGCAUCGAUGCCAGGAGCACCCGCACCUGAAGCCGACCUCCUGAGCCCGGCAUGGAGGCCUCUCUGUGCCCUGCCGUUGCCCACUCCCCUGGCGGGAGUGCCGAGACCCCCACUCCCAUUAAACACCCUUGCCUGCCUCCUACAGCUGCCCUGCUGCCUGUGUCCGGGCCUGGGGAUGGAGACCUCCCAGGAGGGAGGAGGCAGAGUUGGAACCCUGCCUGGCUCUGUGACCUUGGGUGAGACCUCUAACAUUUCGCUCAUUCCUAAAAUGGGGCAACAGUAAUAACGGCAGUGGCCGGCCUGGCCCAGCUCCGCCAGGGCUGCAGAUGACGGAAAAGAAAACCCAGCAUGUCCGGCUGCAGGGGGCGCCCGCCGCCAGGCGAUUCACCCUCUGGGCCUGGUCCCUCCCUGUCACACUGGAGCCUGGUGGACGGGUUGGGUUGGGCCCGUCCUGGAGUGGCGGUGGGGCACGUCAAACUGUGCCUCUGCCAGUGGCCAGAGUGUGACUGGGACUGGGAAGAGUGUCACCGUCCUGGAAGGUUGUCAGAGAUUGAAAUGAGGUGUUUUGCGCAAAACACCUGGUACACAGUAGGCACACAAUGAAUGCAGCACUAUGGUCCUCAUUAUUUUCUCCCCUGCACAGCUGACAGACCACCCAGUGUGUCUCCAGCUGCUCAGAGCCCCCAGGCCACCAACUCACGCUCUCAAAGUGGAGGGAGGGAAUUUUCUUCAAGUGCCCGCGUGCUUCUGCCUCCUGAAGCGUCUGGAUGGGCACUUGGUGUCACCCUUGUAUCCAGGUGAAAUCAGGGUAUGGUGUUUGUUGGUGAAAAGGGAAGGACGUCACCCCCAGGGGCCCGUGGAGGUGCGUGUCUGUGUGUGCACACGCACAUGCUUGUGUGGCGGGAGUAGGAGCUUGUCCUCUGGGGCAUGCUGGCCCAGAGCCCGCCCUCCCUGCCCCGCCUCGCCUGGGAGGUGGGUACCGCACACACGGCAGGACUUCCCUCUGGAACUCUGGACUGCAGAGCCCCGCCAGGAGGCUGCUCUUUCCUCCUCCUUCCCAGCCCUAACCAGCCCCGCAGGCCCCAGGCCCUUCCUUGUCCCGACCCUGCCCAGCUCUCCAGGACCUUGGCCAGCCCUCUGACAGCCUCAGGGACUUAACUCUUUCUCACUCCCCUUUGCCCUGUCCCAGUGUUGUCUCCACAGUCCCAACUCUUAUCCCUGCUCAGCUCAGAAACCCCUGGGCUUCUUUUUGUAUUUGUACUUAUUGGGGUACAAAAAUACUGCCCAGCUUUGGCCUUGCUGUUAAUAGCUGCAGGGGCCAUAUUUAAAUUUCUUAGGACCCACAUUUCAGUGUAAAGGAAGCAGCUUCCCUCAGUCUGGGAAGCCCCACAGUUCAUGGUCAUGUGGUAGGGAAGGAGGGGAGGAGUCUCUUGAGCCCCCUAUGCCCACAUAUGCACCAGCCCCUGUGUGUGGUGCAGGAGGGUGCAGCUGCCCAGCUGCACAGAGGUGGCGAGAGUGGUGUGGCCAUGGCGCCCUCAAGCCACUCCCAGAUGAGAGCCUUGGGGUGGCCUGGGUCUGGGUCACAGAGGAGGGGUCCUGGACCCUGGGCAAAGGCCUGGAUGUGAAUCAUGGAACUGGCUGCGGGGGGUGGGGGGACGUGGCACCUGCCCAGAGUCCCUGCCCUGUCCCUCUGUGCCCUGCCUCCUUAGGACUGCACUUACAUGGCUCAGUCUCAGGUUGAGUCAACUCCCCUCACACCCUGGGCCUCAGUUUCCCCAUGGGGCAGGACAUAAUUUUACUCAUAAUCUCAAAGGAGGCCAUGACCCUUCUAAGAGCAAAUACUUCUGGGAUGUAUACUUGGGGUCCCUCUGCUCCCUGCACAGCCUGGGAUUUCAGAAAUUUCUUUAGGGAAGUCCCUUAGAUCAGGGUCCUCAGCUCCUGGAGAGUUGAGACUUAGCCCCUCCCUUCCUUUGGCUUCCUAACACCCCAUGCUUUCUCCCCUAGGCCUUGGGUCCCUUGUGGAUUCUCUCCUGCCAGGCUGGAGGCCUCCUUUGAGCUGCACCCCUCCCUCUGGCUCCCUCCUCAUUUCUGCUGAACCUGUCCCUGUUUCUCAGAUGCACCCCGCCCAGUGCUUGGCCUGCAGAUAAGGGCAGGGGUGUUAUCAGAGCCCAGUUGUGGGCCUGCUGCCCACACACCCAGGAAGCCCUGCCUUCCCCUGGGCCGGAGCCUGCAGGGCCGGCAGCCCUAUGAGAGGUCCCCAGCCAGCUCCCUGAACCUGAUGGGAGGGGGUGGACCCUGGAUGGAAGUCCAGAAACGGCACCCCCAUCUCCACACCUUUCCUCCGUGGGGCUUCUGGAAGGUCAGGGCGUGUGCGGUGAGACUCCCAGUCUGGUCUCUCAGCUCUGCCACCAACUAGUGUGCUAUGGAAGAGGUCGCCCCCCUCUGCUCAGCCUCGGAUUCCUUAUCUGCAGAAGGAUUGGUGGUCAUAGCCACCUCACAGGGGUCACAGGAUCCUAACCCUUCAGAGCAGGAAGGGACUCAGGGGCCACUUCGUCCAGCUGCCCUCCACCCCUGGUUUCCCAGAUGGGGCUGCUGAGGCCCAGAAAAGGAAGCGAUUGCUUAAGGUGACACUGAGGCAGUAAGCCCGGCGGUUCUCUGGUUCCCAGGCUGCCAUCCUCAUUCCUGCUCCUGAGCCAUUCCAGAGGAUGAAGGUUGGCAGUGACCACAGGGCCCUGCUUUCGGGCUCCCCACCUCACAGCUGGGCUGGGCAUUUCAGCACGGGGCCUGGGCAGCUGAUAAGAAAGUCGGGCUUAACUCUGUGUCCAGCCCUGUGCUGCCAGCGAUAAUGACACCCUGCUGCUCAGCCCUGCCCUGCUCUGCCCUGACUGCCCCACCCAUGGGGGCCCUGCAGGUGGCUGAGGAUGUGGAAGGGCAGCGGACAGAUGAGGGUAGGGGAGGUUACUGCAUGGGACCCAGGGCCUGGGAUCGUAAUACCUCACUGUGCACAGAAACCUUGCUGGCCAACCCUCAUGGGGACCUGGGCGCAGUGCCUGGCACCCAGGGGAUGCUCCAUCGGAGCCCGGAGCCCUUCUUUUUAGUUCUUAGCAUGCAGCGCGCGGCCGAGGGAUGCAGGGACUGAAGGUUCGCCAGAGCUCCUGCCCUGGGUAACAGAGCCUUUCCUGAGCAUGGCCCUGGCCAGAGCCUGUGCCACGCAGUUCAUAUGAUCUUUAAUCCUCACAACAACUCUACGAAGUUGUUAUUCUAGUUUUAGAAAUGAGGAAAACAGCCCUGAGCAAACAAGUUGCUUCCCCAAGGUCACGCUGCUUCUAAGGGGCAGAACCCAAACCCCCGUGGCCCUUUACUGUUAAUGACGCUGUGCUUCUGUGGGAAGUCAGCACAUUUUCUCCAGCACAGAGUCAUGGUUGAGAUGUGGGCUCAGAAGCCAGACUGCCUGGCUUCUCCUUCCAUGAGUGAGAUUAAUAAUUGUAGCUCAUCGAGCGGUUAUAGCGGAAAGUCUUGGCGCAAGCACUGGCAGGGGCAGGUGCUUAAAAGAGGGUGGUGAUUAUCACGGCAGCGUCACGGAAGGGGUGCACGAGUCAGGACUCUGAGAUCUGCUGAGACCUCGGGUGCCAGUUACCAUGACAACAGCAGCCAGCUUGCUGCGGAUUCCCUGAUGGUCGGGCAACAAAGGUGAAGGGUGCUAUUUCAGAGGGGUGGAUUUUACAGAAAAUCCACCAACCCUGGUGUCUCUGGGCCAAAGGGGAUUAGGACCAUGGGCUGAGAGUCUCCAAGGGAGCAGUAAGACGACCACCCGACAACAGCUCUGUCCUCCGGCUGGGAAAGUAGCUGUCUCUUCUGCUCUGUGGCCAGGCAGAGUGCCUCGGGCUGAAGGAAGUCAAAGCCAGGGUGGUUCUGAGCUGCUGUCCCUGAAGCUGCUCAAGCCUCCGCCUCCGGGCUCUGCAGUCUGUCCUCUCCCAGCAGCCUCUCUGCUGUCUGGGCUGCAUCUCUGCCUCACCUCUUCUCACCUUUCCACUCUCACCUUGUUCCACUUCCCCCUUGUUCUUCCCCUCCUCCUCCCCCUCUUUUCACUUUCUUUUAUCAAACUCUUUCAUGCUCUCCCCUGCUCUCACUCUGUUGCUCUCUCUCCCACCCCACCCACUUUUCCUGGACUGCAGCUUCCAGGAACAAGUAAACCGUCUGAAAACUUGCAA